AGCAAUUUCAAAAGUAAACACUUGUGAAAUACAGUUGCCAUUUAAUUCCUAGGGCAGCCGCCCACUGAAUGUGAUCUAUAGUGCAAGUGGCGCAAGAAAUAAAUUAAAGGUUUAGCGUACGAACUGUCACGGUCUUUAUGCAUCUAAUCUAAUCUAAUGCUUCCAUAAAAGUUCAUAGCUUUUAUGCAACAAAUAACGGAGUAAUUUUUUAGAACCCGCGGUGAUGGGUUGUUGGCUUGUGGCUAGCUGCUAAAAAAUCAUUCGUAUCGCUAAAAAUAAAGUCUUUGAGCUCUGGAAUUUCUGUGAUAUGGUGUAAAGUGUGUGUUUGGAAGAAGAAUAUGAUGAUCCAAGAAAAGGGUCAGAAGAAAGAGUGUCGUUUACCGACCACCGAUGGAUCACCGGCGGCGAGGAAGAAGAGAGGAUGCGAAUUAGUGUCUUAUCAAGAAUUGCCAGAAUAUAUGAAAGACAAUGAAUUUAUUCUGAAUUACUACAGAGCCGAAUGGCCCCUUAAACAAGCCCUUUUCAGCAUUUUUCGGUGGCACAAUGAAACUCUCAACAUUUGGACGCAUUUGAUUGGUUUUGCUCUGAUUUUGGUACUGAUUGUGGCAAAUUCUUCCCAUUUAUAUCAGUUAGCUGAUUUCAUGACAGUGGUCUUAAGGCAACAGAACUUCCCUGCUGGUUCAGAGGCCAAGAUUUCUAGGAAUACAAAGGAUAUUUUGCAGGGAGUGCCAACUCGGAUGGUUGAUUGGAUGAUAACAGGUAAAGAAUCACAAAUAGACAUAAAAACAGGAGAGAUGAGUGCAGCAUCAACAUGGCCAUUGUACGUCUUCUUAGCGGGUUCAGUGUUCUGUUUCCUAUCAAGCAGCAUAUGCCACCUCUUCUGUUGCCACUCCCAACCCAUGAACCUUGUACUGACCCAAAUGGACUAUGUAGGAAUAGCCGUCAUGAUAUUCACCUCCUACUUCCCUCCCAUGUACUACAUCUUCCAAUGCUCCCCACCCUGGCACAUCGUCUACCUAACCGGAACCUCCAUCAUUGGCAUAUGCAUUACCCUCACUCUCCUAACUCCCGCGUUUGCAAGGGGUAAAUACAGGUCAUUUCGGGCCUGUUUAUUCAUUGCCAUGGGGCUAUUUGGGCUUAUUCCCGCUAUCCACGCUCUGGUUGUAUACUGGAGCGACCCUUACAGGAAUGUGAUGCUAGCUUACGAGGGAGCCAUGGCUUUGUUUUACAUCAUUGGGGCGAUGUUCUAUGUGAGCAGAAUUCCAGAGAGAUGGAAACCAGGGGCGUUUGAUUUAGUUGGGCAGAGUCACCAGAUCUUUCAUGUGUUUGUCAUCUUUGGUGCUUUGGCACAUUACGGUGCGGCGCGCGUUUUCCUGGAGUAUCGCAGCAGGCUCGGUUGCCAUCGAGGGGAUUAACUUGUUUGCCGCAUUAUUUGAGGGACAUGCUCACUGUAUUUAUUGGUAGCACUUUUUGUUCCUAAACACAUGAGAGACUGAACACUGUAUGUGUGAGCUUGCAAAAACAAAAUGUUGUUAGUUUUAAAGGAGGUUAGAAAAACUAAAACUGGUGGUUAGAAGUUGUCAUACUUAUUCUUGCAGUCUUUCAUUGAAUUCCUGCUUUCACAUAAAUUAAAAUACUACUCCGAAGUCCCAAUACGGAGUACUUGUAUAGUUGUAUUAAUUGAUUCUUAGGUUGUUCAAUGAAUUACUCCGUCUGUCCCACUGUCCACUGUAUUGUCAACAUUUCUUUUUUGUAUAUCCCAAAAAAAUAUCACUCUCUUUUAA